AUGUUCGGCAGCAGCUUACUACUGCUGCUUGUCGUUGGUGGACCCCUUCAAGCUCAAUUUCCCGACACCGCUCGACAGACACAGCAGGAUUUCCUCAGACAAAUCCAGCCACCGAGACCGUUUCCGGACCUCGGAUUUCAAAACACAGCGAGUUUCACGGAAUAUGAAGGUAAUCUGGUGCGCUAUGGCGAAGAAUUCGGCGAUCGCUACAUCUCUGACAAUCAACGGCAGAACGGGCUGAAUGUUCGCCUGCACAACUUUUUCCCGUUCUAUGGAGGGCGCUACAAUUACACGUUGAUCUCAACCAAUGGUUACAUCAGCUUUGCGUAUUUCUCCGACGACUCGUCCACUCUCCAGCUGGGUCUGGAUGUUGACUGGCCCACACAAAGUGAUCCAGCUGUUAUCGGACCUUAUCUCUGCAAACAACGAAUUCAAAGUGGUCAAGGUGCAGAUUCUAGAGUCUUCUAUCGAGUGGAAACGCGUAGAGGAGCAGUACAGGCGGAGGGAGUCGCUGGUGCUUCAACGUUUAGAGCUGAGGCCGCAUUGGUGGUCACCUGGAAGAAUAUGAGGCCAAAUAUUGGCAGUGAGCUCGGUCUCUCCACCUACCAGCUCGUCUGGAUGUCUGACGCCCAGGGUCUUCUUUCGUACUCAAUGAUCAACUACUACAAGCUCGGAUUUGAUGCUGCUGACAUGUAUGGGAAUUCCCGUACGGGAAAGUGUCAGGCUAUCUUCAAUGGUGGUAACCAUACUGGUUCAGUACAGGUUGACCUCUCGGAAAUCACCAAGCAACAGCCGUCAUCUCUCGCAUCGCGAUCCGCUGUACCGCACAUUACUAGAGGAAGAUACUUCCACCGAACUGACGAUGUUGUGCGACCGGCGGGUUGUGGGAACAAGACUGGUGGCACAUUUCCUCUUCUAAUCUAUCCAAACAUUGUAACGAUGCUUGGACAGACGAAAGUUGACAUCAAUGGCAUGUGUUUGAAUCCUGCUAUAACCUACGUGCUUAUGAUAGAGCAACGACAGAUGGCUAAAUGCGACAUUCUGAAUCCGUCAAUAGCUCGGUGUACUCUGCCGAAGAUUCUCGAUUGGGGAACGAAAACCGUCUACUUCCAACCACAAUCAGGUCUAUCAAACGAUGAAAAGGCCUAUGUUGGAUUCAUAUACUUUGUUCCACCCACACUGGACCCGAUGCGUCUGGAUAUUGGGAAUAUCCAUUCCUGGUAUCUCAAUCCACCUCCAGCUCAGAUGACUCUCAAAUGGUACCCGCGCAAUUUCACGGCUCUUCGGACCUUUGCAGCUACA